UGCUCAUGCGCACAUUUCAUUCACACUACUUCCGUGUGUUAAAGUGGGUGGGGUAAUUCGAAGACGCCAGCGUGCAGUUGUACCAGUAAUCCUUUUGAAAGACAAAGUGGGAAAUCAUGAAUGUUGAGCAUGAAGUAGGCCUUCUGAAGGAUGAAAUAAAAAGAUUAGGAAGUCCAGGUCCUGAUGGAAAUGUAUGCGUUACAUUUGGAGUCCUUUUCAACGAUGAUAGAUGUGCUAAUAUAUUUGAGGCCCUGGUUGGAACCCUCAAAGCAGCAAAGAAGAGGAAGAUCAUCAAAUAUGAAGCGGAGCUUCUGUUGCAAGGGGUUCAUGACAACGUCGAGAUCGUACUACUGCAAGAGUGACAUUAGCACAAUGUAGAAAAUGUGAUAGAAAUAUAAUACUCAAAAGAAGUUAAGGACCUCUUUAUUAAUUGACAUGACUACAGUCAAUCUGUGACAAUCCAGUUUUGCAUAGCAUAACAGAUUAGCUAUGAAUACAAAAGAAUUGGUGGUUCUUUAUUUCUUUUGAGUAGUAUAUAUACUUCCAACAUUAUCAGGUUCAGGUGAAAUAAACGUUCCUCAUAUAUUUUUAUUUUUUUUUUUGUCAUAGAGAAUAUUAAAGCAUGCAAUAAGGCUGAAGCGAGUACAUGAAAUACUUAAGUGAUUUGUGAAUGUGUUUUAACCACAUUGUUUAUUUCAUUCUUACAUUUCCAAUCUUUUCAAUUGAAUCACUUGCUACUUUGUUAUGUUGCUGACAUUUUUUGUUUACAGUCUUUCUAGUUUUUGUUUGUUUUGUCUCAUCAUACUCGAACAAGCAUGUGUUCAUACUUUCAAAGUUUCUUCAACAAAGUUGUCCAGUAUUAUAUAGGGUUCAUUUUUCCCCUCUGUGCCAACUGUAUGUUAUUGCUUGAUAGUAAUUGGGAUUUACCUUUCAAUUAGACCUGCUUAGAGGCCAACAGCUGGCCCUAUCUGCAGCAAAUGCCAGUAAAAAUUCCCGAAGUGAAAUUAAACACUUGCCAAAUCAUACUGAUGCAUUAUGACAAAUGUGGUUUUGUUGACAUGAUAUGUAUUUCAUUGAAAACAGCAACAAGAUUUAGGAAGAGACUUAAGUGCUUAGUUCAAUUAAUUUUUUUUUCAAAAUUAAAAUUUUAUAAAAAUAAUAGUUCUUUCUAAUUUACCUGCCAAGAGCACUUACUUUGUAGUAAAAUAUUUUUGGAAUGUUGGAGAAAUAAUUGGUGCUUAAAAAAACGGAGUAUUUCACAUUGUCUGCUAUUUGUAAAUCAGACAAAUUUAUUGAUGAAUCAUAGGGAUUGACAUACCUUAUCCAGAGCAAAGAUUGAAAUAUGUCAGUGGCUAAUAUUGCUGUUUUAUUUGCUCAUAGUAUUCAUUGUAAUCCAUGUAUGAAAUUAAGAAUUAACAGAAUUUAAAUGUCAUGACAAAUGAUACUGUCAUCAAGGGUGUUCAUGAUUGUAAACUUUUGUAUGAUAUAUCAGCUCAAAAGUGUCAUGAUAUAUCAAUAUGUCAAUUAACAUCAAAAUGUUUUCUUUUUCUGUAUGUAUUCUGAUCUCUGAUGUCCAUCUUUACCUUGGUGGUUUUAACAAAUGCAAAGAAUUCUAUGGCAGCGAAUUAUUAAUUUAGUAUUGAUGGAAUAUCAACAUAAUUUAUUGAGAUGAGACUGGUAUAGAAUAACAUUACUAAUUGUCCUACUAAACCCUUGUCACAUAUCAGAUAUUUUAGAAUCCAUGUAUGACAUAUUUCAUAUAGAUAUGUUUCACAAUUAAUCUUUCAAAAAGAAUUAAAGUGCCUUGUAUUUAUUUUUUUUUCAAGGUUUCCGCAGCUGUAUAAGAAUAUAUAUAUUUUGAUCACUGUUGUGCAGUUUACGGGAUAGUUUUUGUAUGACAAUUAGUUUUGUGCAAUAAGCAAAAUUUUUCUACACGUUUAUGAGGAUCCCGAACUGAGAAGAAACAUUCAAAAUAAAGGUCAACACUUGUCA